AUGUCUUCCGUCCCCAAGUCCGACGAGGCCCUCUACGCCGAAGCCGCAGCCGAGUGGCAAGCCGAGCACGAUGCCGGCCUCGAGUCCCUCUGCUCCAUGGGCGACGCCCUCAUCGCCGAAGUCGAAGCCCACGAGCAGCAGAAGCGCGCCGCCGCCAACCCCGACCCCGCCGCCUCCUGCCCGGUGCUCAAGUGCAUCGACUUCGCGAACAUGAACACCGCCGACAUCCUCAAGGCCUACAUCGUCACCGGCAUCGUCCCGGUCCACCCGCAGACCGUCGCGGACUUCGGCUUCGACCGCACCGUCACCGCGGCGGACGGGUUUCAGCUGCUGGAUGUGUACCGCCACCUCAUGGUGACUACUCUCAGUGUCACCUCGGGCGAGGUUCAUGCCUGGCUGGGAGAGGGAAAGGCGGUGCUGUUGAAGAAUGUGCAGGACAAGCUCCGCGCUGCGCUGGAGGCGGGCGGGGGUAGUCCUGAGGAGAUGAAUCGGCUCAAGGAUACUUUCCGCUGGCUCACCCGCAACCGCUACAUCUGGGACCCCACCUACGCCAACUCCGAAACGCGCGCCUACAUGGACGCCGCGGGCGCCAAGCCCAUCAACACCAAGGCCGACCUGCUCGAGCAGGUCAAGCUGAUGAGCGACGGCCUGUUCAAGGUCGCCGACAACCGGAAGGCGCGCGAGGCGCGCGGCGAGGCGGGCGUUGCGGCCGACGACAGCGGCGAGGCCAGCGUCCACCACCUCACGGGCCCGGGCGGCAUGCCCUUUGCGCCCAUCAUGUACAUGCCCGGCGCGAACCUGCGAGGCUUCGCGGAGGAGAUCAAGGCGCAGCAGGUUGCGGCGAAGGUGGCGCGCAAGAAGGCUGCGAUGGCGCAGGCGAAGUAG